CCUCCAUCAUUCGUCCUCAGUCCUUGACUUUGGUUUGGCAUGAGCUGGCAAUGUCCUGUUGAACUCUCACAUGAUAAUUGAGGGGAAUGAAAGCUUGCAGAAACUUCAGUUAGAUGAGAUGCUGGGUGCAGGGACUGGCUCAUCUUACCAAGGUUCUGAAUAUUGUACCGGACAAAGUAUCGGUUUUCCUUAUUAGUACAGCAUGUGCCAGUACCGGUAAGAUACGAUUGUCCCUUUCAGAUUUAAUUACUCGUCAAUUUUUUUUUUUUUUGGCAUAGCAUAAAAUUUAUUCAAAACAAAAAUAAACUUAAAGAUAUUCAGGUAAUGUGAAACGAAAUUGCAAUUUUAGGAUAACGGAUUUGCUCAAAAUAUGGUAGGUAUAGGAUUCAAAUUCUUGACCCAAACUGCAUGGAGCCAAAAAAAAUUCUUCAUGGGGCCAAGUAGGGCACCGCAGAGGAAAGAAAAGAAAAAGAGAGGGAGAAUAUUAUGACUGGUUUUUGAGCUAUAUAAUCGUGAUCCUAAUACAUCAUGUAUGAGACCCCAGUGAAUGAUAGAUUUAAAGGUUGUAUAACACAAAAUCAAUGGCAUUAUUGUGUGGUACUAGUAGGAUACAUCUUAUGGGACAUUGUAGAAAUACUUAGAGAUCAAGGGGCAAUAAAUAACUUUUAGAAACUUAGGAGGGUCUGACACCAAGUAAGUAGUAGGAAUAAUCAUAAAAUGAAACGUUACUAGAGAAAUUUUUGAAAGUUGGGAGGGGCCAUGACCAUCUUUGGCCAUUAGAUUUAGAUGGCAUUAUCCCUGGCUGCUAAUUAAUUUUCUUAUAGAAUGGUGUGGCUUGUGGUCUUUUGUGGUCAUUUCAUCUCAAUGAGAAGAAUACCCUUACCCUUGUGCAUGGGUUUUCUUUCUGCUUGUAGAUAGAUCAUUUUCCUUCCGUCCAUAUUACACCAUACACAAACUUGGUUCAAAAUGAAUGUGCCACAUGCUUUGGGACCACUUCAGUGGUAGGUACAAGUUGGCAAAGCAGCUAGACACUAAGUGUCUGCUGUUUUUCACGCUCUUACAGAGUCGAACCAGCUUUCAAUAGUGCUCUACAAACCAGAUACCAUGGGAGACAGGUUUUUUCUUUUUGUUCUGCUCCUGCUUUGCGGGGCAAUAGAAUGUUAUGGGUAACUGAUUCCUUCCGGAAAUCCGCUGAGGUCUGAGUCUCUAUGGUAAUGCACAGGACUCAGGAGCUGUGCCGGUUGCCCCACCCUUUUUGCUAUCAAAAAAAGGGGGAAAAAAAACGGAAGAAAGUAAAAAUGGGUGAGCCUACAGAGUAAGUUGUCUUAAAAUGCGGUGAAUAAGUAUGCCGACAGCGCCCUCCUAUGAGCACCUUACGUUAAAAUUUCAAAUUUCAGUUAAGAAAACCAACCAGAAACAGCUGCAUUUAAUGGUGGGAAGUGACUUCCAAUCCUCCACAAGCACUCCAUGACACAAAAAGUACCUUCUCCACUUUGUAUAUUCACUUUCUAAUUCUUUGCAUCAACUCAUUCUCUGCAAUGGAAGAACUGGAACUUUCCUCUGUGAACAAUUCCGAGCCUCCAAAACCGGAGUUGUUAUCUUCGGACUCAAAUGAAAGUACAAAAGAGACUGUUUCAUUCAGAGGACUAUUUGUUGCAGCCGACGCGGUGGACUGUUUUUUGAUGUUCUUUGGAGGCGUUGGGGCAUGCAUUCACGGUGCUGCGCUUCCGGUGUUCUUCGUUUUGUUUGGCCGCAUGAUUGAUUCAUUGGGACAUCUUUCCAAAGACCCACAUAGAUUGUCUUCGGAAGUCUCCAAGCAUGCUCUAUACUUGGUUUAUCUUGGACUUGUUGUGUUUGCAUCAGCAUGGAUAGGCGUUGCAUUUUGGAUGCAGACUGGGGAGCGGCAAACUGCUCGUCUACGGUUGAAGUAUCUGCAAUCAGUGUUAAAGAAGGAUAUUAGUUUUUUUGAUACAGAAGCCAGAGACAAAAACUUAAUCUACCACAUAUCAAGUGAUGCAAUAUUGGUGCAGGAUGCCAUUGGAGACAAGAUAGGUCAUGGUUUGCGAUACCUUUCCCAAUUCUUUGCUGGUUUUGCAAUAGGAUUCACUUCGGUAUGGCAGCUCACACUAGUCACCUUGGCUGUAGUCCCAUUGAUAGCUGUUGCAGGAGGGAUUUAUACUUCUAUCAUGUCUAGCUUAUCAGAAAAAGGUGAGGCUGCUUAUGCUCAAGCCGGGAAGGUUGCAGAAGAGGUUAUUUCACAGGUUCGAACUGUAUACUCAUUUGUGGGAGAGAGCAGAUCAAUUGAAGCAUACUCCAAAUCACUUCAAAAUGCCCUUAAACUGGGAAAGAAGAGUGGAUUUGCAAAAGGACUCGGUGUUGGCUUUACCUACGGUUUGUUGUUCUGUGCCUGGGCAUUACUCCUUUGGUAUGCUGGUAUACUUGUAAGGCAUCAUGUCACCAACGGUGGCAAAGCAUUCACAACAAUAAUCAAUGUCGUCUUCAGUGGAUUUGCUCUUGGUCAAGCUGCUCCAAGCCUGGCUGCCAUAGCCAAAGGUAGGGCUGCUGCUGCAAAUAUCGUAAGCAUGAUUGAAGGAGAUUCUAACUCUUCUAAAGCAUCAAAUGAAGGGAUUGUAUUACCAAAGGUGGUUGGGGAUAUUGAAUUUUCUGAUGUGGGUUUUGCUUAUCCGUCGCGUCCUAAUAUGGUAUUCAAAGAUCUGAGCUUUUCAGUUGAGGCUGGAAAAAGAGUUGCAGUUGUUGGUCCUAGUGGUUCAGGAAAGAGCACUAUUAUUUCCUUGAUUCAACGCUUCUAUGAGCCUACUACAGGCACAAUAAUGUUGGACGGACAUGAGUUAAGGAAUCUGAGGUUAAAAUGGUUGAGAGAGCAGAUGGGGCUGGUUAGUCAAGAACCAGCACUGUUUUCCACUAGUAUUUAUGGGAACAUUCUGUAUGGUAAAGAAGAAGCAGAUAUGGAUCAAAUCGUUGAAGCUGCCAAAGCUGCAAAUGCACAUUCUUUUGUUCAACAUUUGCCUGAUGAUUAUCAUACUCAGGUUGGAGAGGGGGGAAGUCAGCUCUCUGGAGGGCAGAAACAGAGGAUUGCUAUCGCAAGAGCGAUUUUGAGAAACCCAAAGAUUCUACUUCUUGAUGAGGCCACAAGUGCUCUUGAUGCAGAAUCAGAACUCAUUGUUCUACAAGCAUUGAAUACAGUAAUGUCCAAUCGCACAACGAUAGUCAUUGCACACAGAUUAUCUACUAUCCGCGAUGUAGAUUCGAUCAUUGUCCUGAAAAAUGGACAGGUUGUAGAGAGGGGGAGUCAUUCGGAGCUGAUAUCCAAAGGUGGAGAGUAUGCAACUCUAGCAGGCUUACAAGUAUCAGAACAUGCAAAAAGUACAAGUCUUAACAAUUCUAAUGGAACUUCUAGUUCUCACGAAUACCCAGAAAGUGAAGAUCAUCAGCAGGAUUUCAACUCAAUCAACAUAAAGAAGAUGCAACCAAGUGAUCAUAAUGUGGCCUUAUCAAAAUCUGUUUCACCACCAACAGUUUGGGAUUUAGUUAAACUAAAUGCACCAGAAUGGCCCUAUGCAAUGCUUGGUUCAGUGGGGGCUAUUCUAGCUGGAAUGGAAGCUCCUCUUUUUGCCCUUGGAAUUACUUAUAUAUUGACUGCAUUCUAUUCUCCUGAUUCCGCCCAAAUCAAACAAGAAGUCCAACAUGUUUCUCUCAUAUUCUUGGGUGGUGCACUUAUUACUGUCCCUAUAUAUCUUUUGCAGCACUAUUACUUUACCUUGAUGGGGGAGCGCCUCACUACUCGAGUCCGCUUAUCGAUGUUCUCAGCUAUCCUUGGCAAUGAGGUUGGGUGGUUUGAUUUGGAUGAGAAUAGAACUGGCUCUCUGGUAUCAAAGUUAGCAGCAGAUGCGGCGUUAGUACGAAGUGCACUAGCUGACCGCUUAUCGACUAUUGUACAGAAUAUUGCACUAACUGUCGCUGCAUUUGGAAUCGCAUUUACUCUAAGUUGGCGCCUAGCAUCUGUUAUUAUUGCCACCUUUCCACUACUUGUUGGAGCCUCCAUAGCUGAGCAACUAUUUCUUAAGGGUUUUGGAGGAGAUUAUACCAAAGCCUAUUCCAGAGCUACUGCUGUGGCACAUGAAGCCAUUUCCAAUAUUCGCACUGUUGCAGCAUUUGCUGCUGAAGAAAAGGUCUCAAUCCAAUUUGUCUCUGAACUAAACCGACCAAACAAGCAAGCACUUUUGCGCGGACACAUAUCAGGUUUUGGAUACGGCAUUUCACAGUUUUUUGCAUUCUGUUCUUAUGCUCUCGGCCUUUGGUAUGCUUCAAUUUUGAUCAAGCAACAAGACUCUAACUUCGGAGACAUCAUUAAGGCUUUCAUGGUUUUGAUAAUUACUGCUCUUUCAGUAGCAGAAACGCUCGCUCUUGCACCUGACAUUGUGAAGGGAUCACAAUCACUUGUUUCAGUUUUCGAUAUUCUCCAAAGGAAAACUGCGAUAAACCCUAAUGAUCCCGUGUCAAAAGUUGUCAAUGAAAUCAAGGGAGAUAUAGAAUUCAGAAAUGUGGGUUUUUAUUACCCUUCAAGGCCUGAGGUGAUCAUUUUCAAGAACUUGAAUUUACAAGUUUUAGCAGGAAAGAGCCUAGCAAUAGUAGGCCAAAGCGGGUCCGGUAAGAGCACUGUGAUUCAACUAGUCAUGAGAUUCUAUGAUCCCAUUUCAGGGUCAGUUUUGAUCGAUGGAUGUGAUAUCAAAAACUUAAAUUUGAAAUCAUUGAGGCAGAAGAUCGGUCUGGUCCAGCAGGAACCAGCAUUGUUUUCGACGACAGUCUACGAAAACAUAAAGUAUGCAAACGGAAAUGCUUCAGAAAUCGAGGUAAUGAAGGCAGCUAAAGCGGCAAACGCUCACGGCUUCAUAAGCAGAAUGCCUGAAGGCUACCAAUCUCAAGUGGGUGACAAGGGGAUUCAGUUGUCUGGUGGGCAGAAACAAAGGGUGGCUAUUGCCCGAGCGAUUUUAAAAGACCCGUCGAUCCUGCUUUUGGAUGAAGCCACAAGUGCAUUAGACUCAGCAGCGGAGAAACAGGUCCAAGGGGCUCUUGAUGGGCUUAUGGAAGGCCGGACCACGAUCAUGGUAGCCCACCGCUUGUCAACAAUAUGUGAUGCAGAUUGUAUCGCUGUGCUGCAGCAUGGGGUGGUGGUGGAGAGUGGUAGCCACAUCCAGCUUAUGAGUAGACAGGAGAGUGUAUACAAACAAUUGGUUAAUCUACAACAAGAGAAAGACAUAUAAGUUCAUGUUUAGUUGGUGUUUGGGAUGUGUACAAACCACUUAACAUAAAGUUGGUAAGCCUAUUAAGGAAAGGUUGCAAGUUGAGUACUACAAAUUUUUGCAAAAUAUUUUCAAUAGAGUCGAGUGAACUGAUCGACAUGUUUAACUAGCACCGCCUAACUCAAGCCGAGCCUUGUUAGACAUGUUUGGAUAGUGAUAUAAAACUUCAUAAUGCUGGGGAAUAAAGUGAAAACGAGUUACAGUUCAA